CGAAAGUCGAAACAACAAAAAGGCAAAGCAGAGAAGACAUAGAUAGACAUUGAAUUUGAACACACAAGAGCGAUAAUGAGCAGUGGAACUGGAAAAUUAGUGUGCGUAACAGGUGCAUCUGGCUACAUCGCUUCAUGGCUUGUUAAACUUCUCCUUCAACGAGGCUACACUGUUAAUGCUACUGUUCGUGAUCCCAAUGAUCCCAAGAAAGUAGAGCACUUGCGUUCACUUGACGGAGCCAAGGAGCGCCUUCAUUUGUUUCCUGCAAACCUGUUGGAGGAGGGCUCUUUUGAUGCUGCUGUGGAGGGUUGCGAAGGUGUUUUUCACACUGCUUCUCCCUUCUAUCAUGAUGUCAAAGACCCACAGGUCGAGUUGCUUGAUCCUGCUGUAAAGGGAACUGUCAAUGUUCUGAAUGCCUGUGCAAAAGCCUCAUCGAUUAAAAGAGUGGUUCUGACAUCUUCAAUGGCGGCAGUUUCUUACAAUGGAAAGCCUCUGACUCCAGAGGUGGUGGUUGAUGAAAGUUGGUUCUCUGAUCCCCAUUUCUGUAGAGAAUCAAAGAUGUGGUAUGUUCUCUCUAAAACUCUGGCCGAGGAAGCUGCCUGGAAAUUUGUGACAGAGAAGGGUAUGGAUAUGGUGACUAUAAAUCCAGCCAUGGUUAUUGGGCCAUUGCUACAGCCAACACUCAACACUAGUGCCGCAGCAAUUGCAAAAUUGUUUAACGGAGCCGAAAGCUAUUAUAACAUGACAUUUGGUUGGGUUAAUGUUAAAGAUGUCGCCACCGCACAUAUCCUAGCACUCGAAGUCCCUUCAGCUAGUGGAAGGUAUUGUUUGGUCGAAACUGUUGCACAUUACUCGGUGAUUGUGAAGACAUUAAAAGAGCUUUACCCUAAUGCCACUCUCCCAGAAAAAUGUGCCGAUGACAAUCCUCUCAGGCCACAAUACGAGGUCUCAAAGACAAAAACUCGAGGUUUGGGUAUUGACUACAUUCCUCUCAAAACCAGUCUCAAGGAGACCGUUGAAAGCUUGAAGGAGAAGAGAUUUAUCAGCAUUUGAGUCUCAUUUCAAUGAUAAAUAGCAAUUUAUUUAAGAAUCUUUGAUCAAAGUUUAUUAGUAAUUUCUAUUAGCAAUUCUCAGAAUGUUAUGUUCAUGAUUUCUGAUGAUUGAUCCUACCAAAAAAUUUCAUGAAUAAUAACAAGUAGCCAAAGAAAAGUGGCAUCUGUAUCUCAUGGAUUUUUAUCACUAAUCAAAUUUCUUUGGUCUUAUAGUGCCUUUUGCUUGUUAUGUGCUGUUUUGUUUGUUCCACUACCCCUUUUUUCCAAGAACAUUUUUACUUUUGCUCUAUUGAUAUUUGUGUACUUUUUUCACUUGUUAUAUACGUGUUUAUGUAAAGUUGUACAUGAUAUUUGAUAAUAAUCUUGUAUUCUUUUCACUCUCUUCAUAUUUUAUAUAUUUCUUUU